GUCAUUUUUUACCUCCAACCCGACCGACCCAACCCGUGUUCACCCCUAGUCAUCCCCGUGUCCGGUGAAUCGAUUUAGCUGGUGACUAGGGCAUAUACAUACAUCUAUACAUACAAUCAGCUUCCUGCCUCCGAUUUGGGUUGAGAAACUCGACAUCAGUCUAUAGGCUUCGUUUGUUCGGGGAAGGAAUUGGUUGUGACCAAGUUUUUAACAAGGGUUUACAGGAUGCAUCCUCCGUUAACUUUGCACAGACACCCAAUGUGUGCUGAAAUCAUUGAGCAGUUCCAAAAGUGUCACGUAGACCAUCCCCUCGGAAAAUUCUUUGGUGAAUGCACUGAUCUCAAGAUAAAGCUUGAUCGAUGUUUUCGAGAGGAAAAAGCAUUGAAGCGAAAGGCCAAUUUUGAGGAGAGUAAAAAACUGAAGGAGAGGCUACGUGCUCACAGGAAAGAAAGACUCGACGCCAGCCUCGAAGACAAGAACCUCGCGCAAGCUUAGUGGCGGUAUUGAAAUACACCCACAUAUCUGGAGGUUUAAUUAUUCAAAAAUGAAAUGCAACCUCUUAAUACGGGACAAAUAAUUUGUGAGAGCAUGCAUAGUUAUCAUUUGUGUUCACCUGGCUUGUGCCAACAUUCUUUGAAUUUUAUUGUUAUAAAGCAUAAUGUAACUGCUGUAAGCACUUCAAUGCUCAAUUACAAUGUAGUUCUGCCAUGAAUGAUUAAUGAAUAAUUGAAUACCUAUUAUAUGUAAA